AUGAGCUCAGAAGAGCUGUUAGGACUGCAAGAGAAAGGCACUCAUGAAAGCUUGGGACGGAAACUUGCAAACACCAUGGGGAGGGAAGAGAGAGCGCUAUCGGUAUGCGAAUCGAUAGAUGUAUGCCGUAGUAAUGUAUCCUGCACUCAUCUGGGGUCAUGGCAAUUUUGGCUGGCAGAUAUAACCCACGCCAGAGUCGAGUCUAUGAGGUGCUAA